AUGGACCCUGACAUUGCCCAGGCCUUCCAGAAGGAAGUGAGCUGUGCCAUCUGUAUGAAUACUUUCAUAGAGCCAGUCACCCUAGAGUGCGGGCACAGUUUUUGUCGACCUUGUCUCUGCCUUUGCUGGGAAGAGACCCAGAUUCCAGCCAGGUGCCCUGGGUGCAGGGGACCCUGCCAGCAGAGAAACCUCAAAACCAACGUGGUUCUGAGGAGCCUGGUGGCCAUUGCCAGAAGAGCCAGCCUCAGGCGGUUCCUGAGGUCUGAGGAAUAUAUGUGUGGGACACACAGGGAGACCAAGCAGAUGUUCUGUGAGGUGGACAGGGCCCUGCUCUGUAGGAGCUGCUCCCAGUCUCAGGAGCACAGGGCUCACCAACACCAUCUCAUAGAA